AUGGUACUGGCCCAGGGAUGCAGUGCAUGUGUUGUGGACACCCUGAGACCACCCCUUGCCAACACUGCUUCAUCUCACCAUGUCUGUGUGAACUUCUUCCAGGGUGAUCAAGGUCGAGAUGGAGCCACAGGCCCCCCUGGUCCACCAGGACCCCCAGGUGCCCGGGGGCCUCCUGGGGACACGGGAAAGGAUGGCCCACGAGGACCUCCAGGCCCCCCUGGUUUCAAAGGCGAGCCAGGAGAGGAUGGAGUGAUGGUCAGUAAUGCCCAGAAGCAUCUGUGUGUGUGCCCCUCACCCCCAUUGUACAUCACCCUUCAGCUCACUGCAGCAAGGAAACAACUGCAAGAGACUGGUGUAGAAGCCAUGCCCUUCCCUGUGUUCCCUCAGUUUCCCUCCCACACGAUCCUGGAGCUGGGCAUGGCUGUGCCUGCAGCCUGGCUUUCAUUUCCACAAGCAAGCCAGAAGCUGCAGCCACAUCUGCCCAAUAGACAAAGAAUGAAACAGCAAAUGCCAAGCAAAGCAGGUGAUGAUGGGAUCCCUGGGGAACCAGGACCUGUGGGCCCUAAGGGAGAAAAAGGAAGCGUGGGUCCCAAGGGAGAGAACGGCACAGAUGGCUUCCCAGGACUAAAGGGUGAACCUGGUGAGAAGGGAGGAAUUGGCUCCAUUGGACCCCGGGGUCCCCCUGGGCUGAAAGGGGAGCAGGGAGACACCGUCGUGAUCGACUACGACGGCCGAGUCCAGGAUGCACUCAAGGGUCCACCAGGUCCCCCAGGGCCACCGGGCCCCCAAGGCACUCCAGGUCCCAAGGGAGAGCUGGGCUUGCCAGGUCCACCUGGAAUGGAUGGUGAAAAGGGUCCCAAAGGAGCAAAGGGUGACCAGGGCAGCAUGGGGAUCAUGGGGCAGAAAGGAGAGACAGGAGAAAUGGGCUCAGCAGGUCCCCCGGGAGCAGAAGGGCCAAAAGGAGACAAAGGAGAAAAAGGAGACACUGGGUCACCAUGUCUGCAGAAUAAUCACGGUCCUCCAGGAAUCCAGGGGCCUAAAGGUCUCCCGGGUGCUCCAGGGCUCAUUGGCUUACCUGGUACCAAAGGAGAAAAGGGAAAGCCAGGGGAGCCAGGAUUGGAUGUGAGUAUGGAAAGCAUGAAUUAUUCACGGGUUUCCCUGGUCUCAGAGGAGAGAAAGGAGAGAGAAGUGAAAGAGGCGAGAAGGGUGAACGAGGAAUACCAGGGAGAAAAGGGGCCAAAGGACAGAAGGGGGAGCCAGGCCCUCCCGGACUGGAUCAGCCUUGUCCCGUGUGAACUCUAA